UUUAUUUUAUUUUCUUUUUCUUUUUCCCUCAAUAAAAGUCGGUUUGCCAUUAUGGAGCGAGCGAUUAUUUACGAUUCGUCGGAGAGAUUGUCGGAAUCGAUUGUUUCCGAUUGUGAGAGUUGUGUUUCCGGCGGUGAGGCGGUGGACCGCCACGUGUUUGAAGAAAGGUUUGUUAGGCUGGACGAAGGUGGUGAAACGGACCUCAUUAGGCGCAGAUUCGUUCGGGGCUUGGGGUCGCUCGGGUUGAAAACCGAGGUGGUCGCGAUUCACAAGAAUGCUUGUUCUACCGUCAUGGCCCAAGCGCGUGUUCAGUCAUUUCAAAUAUUCGCGCGUGCGGUGGCAAGAUUGCGCGAUGGGAAUGCGAAUGUGAAACAUGCUUGGUACGGUGCUUCGGGUACGGAAGAGAUAGCCGACAUCAUUCAACACGGUUUUGGUCCUUUGAAUAAUAACAGACUCCGUCUCUCUCCAGAUAAUUCUCCACUUGAAAGUGUAAAGAGCUCUGUUGUUGACAAAGAGGGCUUGAGGCAUUUGUUGCUGUGUCGGGUUAUCUUGGGGAGGACGGAGCUUGUGCCUCGUGGUUCCCAGCAAUGCCAUCCGAGUUCUGAAGAGUAUGAUUCUGGCGUGGACAGUGUUUCAGCUCCCAAGGAGUAUAUUAUUUGGAGUAACAGGAUCAACACUCAUGUCUUGCCCGAGUAUGUCUUGAGUUUCAGGCUUCCUUCCUUCAAAGGGGAUGUGGAGAUCGAGAAACCUUUGAGACCAUCUUCUCCUUGGAUGCCAUUCCCGACUCUAAUGUCCGUGCUUUCCAAGAUUUUGCCUCAGCGUGAUAUUGCCCUCAUUUCCAAGUUUCAGAAAGAUUAUAGAGAGAAGAAGAUAUCCCGACAUGAACUGAUACAAAAAGUGAGACUAAUAGCAGGAGACAAAUUGCUGGUUGGGGUCAUCAAAUCUUUCAGAGCCAAGAAAAUACCUGCAAGCUUUAAGCAAACAAGGUGAAAGAAUGGCAACCGGACAGCCAGUGGACGUUAUGAUUGUCCAUAUGAGUUCUUUAAAUAUUAAAGGAAGAGUAUAUAAUAUUGGAGGUGACAUACUUCUCUUACUAACCAAACCUGCAUUGAUGAUUACUGUAAAGAACCAAUUACAAACACUGCAUGAGAAGCAGCGUAGCUUUGGAGACUUUUUUUAGGUGAUAUACGUGUUUUUUUUUUUUUUUUUUUUAUAUUUAUUGUUGUGUAGCAGAAGGAAUCACUUUUUCUUUCCAAUUUGUUGCUAUUACUAGUUGGAUAACAUACUA